AUGCUUUUGGAUAGACAAUGCAAGCGCAGUAUCAUGGACACAGAGGCAGUGCAGCAGGCAGCCGCUGGCUCAAAUCUACAACCGUCUUCUCUCGCUAGCGGAGUUUCAGUAUUCUCUGGUGUGCACGGCACGGCACGUGCCUGGAGUGGAGAAC